AUAAUAAGUACAGAGCUCUGACUCUGCAGACAACAGAGCUCUGACCGUCUUUUCUGACAUUGCCAUUUUCAUCAGCUCACUUCUGCAGAUUCCGAUCCCAAAAAAACAAGACUUUCCCCUAUAAUCCAAUCCAUCAUCUGACUGGGAAUCUUAAAUGGAAAAGCGUUUAAUUCAACCGCUCGUUGCUGUCUCGAUCUCAUCCUCAAUUGCCCUCAGAGCAUACAAAAGGAAGUCCCUUGAUUCGUCGGGUGCACUUGCCGGGUUCCUCGUAAUGUCCGUCCACCUUGCUGCUGGUUACAGGUAUGGAGCGAUGCUGUUGGUUUUCUUCUUCACCUCGUCAAAGUUAACAAAGGUCGGAGAGGUGAAGAAGAGACUUGUUGAUGCCGAUUUCAAGGAGGGCGGACAGCGGAACUGGAUACAAGUUCUAUCCAAUAGCGGCAUUGCCACAAUUCUGGUGGUUGUUCUGUGGAGAUUGACUAAUUGGCAGGACAAAUGUUUGGACUCAAAAGAAUCAAUUCUUAUCACAUCUCUCAUCGGUGGUGUCAUCGGCCACUACUCUUGCUGUAAUGGAGACACCUGGUCUUCGGAGCUCGGGGUACUUAGCGACUCGCAACCCCGAUUGAUCACUACCUUCAAGCCCGUUAGGAAGGGGACAAAUGGUGGAGUAACAAUGACAGGAUUGAUUGCGGCUGCAGCAGCUGGAAGUGUCAUCGGGAUAUCAUUUGUUCUCUUUGGUUUCGCCACAGCAAAAUGCACAAGUGAGGUGGCUGUGAGGCAACUGUUGGUGAUUCCUCUCUCUACUCUAGCAGGACUCGGGGGAAGCGUCAUAGAUUCCUUGCUCGGAGCCACCCUGCAGUUCAGUGGAUUCUGUACAGUCAGAAAUAAGGUCGUGUCAAAACCUGGUCCCAUGGUAAAGAAGAUAUCAGGUCUCAGCAUCCUCGACAACAAUGCGGUGAAUCUAGUGUCGGUAUUACUGACCACUGUUCUGACUGCGGCCGCCUCCACCUACAUAUUCUGAAUUCCUCCCUUCAAUUAGUUCAGUCCUGCAGUCUUGCAGAGGUUAGUUCAUGUAAUCAUUCCAUUGUGAAGGGUCAGAUGCCACAUAAAGGAUAUGGUCGAUGAAUUUUGAGGAGUUUCUCGUUGAUUAUUACAGAUGAAACAAUAACAUAUAUGAUGGAGGUGACAUCAGGAUGUUUCAUGCAAUAGAAUUAUCAUUUGGGACUUACUGCAUGUGAAUGACGAUUUGGAUGAGCAAAGGCAUACACUCAGCGGUAAAGUCCGGUCGUGCGCGGGCAUGAUGAGUAAUGAUCAAGAAUAAUGUGGACUUUAGAGAUUAAAGAAGAACAGAAACAAAGAAAGAAAGAGAGAGAAUUUAGGCAAUAGGAGUUGAUAUUAUUAGCAGAAAUUAAUGCUUAAACCUUUAUUUAGACAACAUAAAAUCAUGAAUGCUCUUUGCCAUGCACGCAGGCAGCCUUUUUCUUUCUUGUCCAUUGAUCUCUCUUCAUUAUCA